AUGAGACUAACGAGUGUCCUACUAUUCACGUCUACCCCUGAUGGCGAAAUCCGUCGACACUUUCAACGAUUCGCGUACUAUAAACAGCACGGAUCGGGCACGGGGGACAGCAGCUCAUCAUCGCUCGACGAGCAACCCCUCCUGACGUGCCACCAUCCUCAGAUUCUCGAGUCCGGCCGUGGCCCCGUGAAGGAUAUGGCCACCCACAGGAAAACCCCGGCCGCCGUGGCAGCUGCCAUUCUCCUGUUGCUUAUCGGAGCCGCCGCCGUUGGCCUGGCUUCAGCCAGCACCCUAACCCUUUACUGGUUGCUCGGCUGCAGGGUAACCAUACGUGGGUCAUGCGGUGUGUGCUACAACAUCGGCCCCGUCUACAAAGGCUACUUCUUCAACUACUUCGGGGGCCAAGUCGCCAGGUUCUACCCUCGGUUCAACUGCCAAGGUCCCUACGACCUCAUCCGCCGGAACAUCCGCUGCUGCCGGACCCCCUGCCAAUAA